AUGGUAGAUGUGGAGAAGAAAAGUCAAGAAGUUGAAUAUGUUGACCCAUCGGUAAAUAGAGUGCCCAAUUAUGAGGUAUCUGAGAAGGCUUUUCUUUUGACACAACAAAAGGUUACUGUAAAACAACGUAAAGAAGCAGCGAACUUUGUUUUAGCUAAGAUUAAAGAGGAAGAAAUGGCCCCCUAUUAUAAGUAUCUUUGUGAGGAGUACCUAGUUAAGAAUGGCGGAUCAGAUCUGGACCAUGAGGAAAUCUCAAGUCUCACUGACGAAUGGAUCCAAUUUGACCGGCAAUUAUACGAUGAGCUACGUGAAAAAAAUGAAAGUAAGAUUAAAGAGUUGAAUGAAAAGAUUCAAAAAUUGGAAGAAGAUGAUGAGGGCGCGUUAGAGCAAGCACAAGCCUGGAUUAAUUUGGGUGAAUAUUAUGCCCAAAUUGGUGACAGAAAUAAUGCCGAAAAAACUUUAGAGAAAUCUUUAUCAAAAGCCAUUUCCACUGGGGCUAAAAUUGACGUCAUGUUAACAAUUGCAAGAUUGGGGUUCUUUUACAACGAUCAACUUUACGUCAAGGAGAAAUUGGAAGCAGUGAAUUCCAUGAUCGAGAAAGGUGGUGACUGGGAGAGAAGGAACAGAUAUAAAACAUAUUACGGUAUCCACUGUUUGGCUGUAAGAAAUUUCAAGGAAGCGGCAAAGUUGUUGGUCGAUUCUUUAGCCACUUUUACAUCCAUAGAAUUAACUUCCUAUGAAAACAUUGCUACAUAUGCAUCCAUCACGGGUUUAUUUACACUAGAAAGGACAGACCUGAAGUCCAAAGUCAUUGAUUCUCCUGAAUUGUUGUCUUUAAUUUCAACAACCGCCGCUCUACAAUCUAUCUCGUCACUAACAAUUUCACUCUAUGCGUCCGAUUACGCUAGCUACUUUCCAUAUCUUUUGGAAACAUAUGCGAACGCCCUGAUUCCCUGUAAAUAUUUGAAUAAACAUGCUGAUUUCUUUGUUAGAGAAAUGAGAAGGAAAGUUUACGCACAAUUAUUGGAUUCAUAUAAAACCCUAUCGUUAAAAUCCAUGGCAAGCGCUUUUGGAGUCUCGGUUGGAUUUUUGGAUAACGAUCUAGGUAAGUUUAUUCCAAAUAAGCAACUGAAUUGUGUUAUUGAUAGAGUUAAUGGUAUUGUGGAGACCAACAGGCCCGAUAACAAGAAUGCUCAAUACCAUCUGCUAGUCAAACAAGGUGAUGGACUAUUGACUAAACUACAAAAAUACGGUGCAGCUGUGAGAUUAACGGGAUCGGAACGUGUUUGA